AUGCCGACACUAACGCCAAAGCCCGUCGCUGAGACCUCACUCUCGCCGGCCGCCACCGGCCUCCCGCCGCAAGUCCCACCUCUGGAUCUGUCUGCUGCACUGCCGCAGCAGCAGCAGCCGGUGCCAAGCCCGCCAGUGCCACUCGACUCGCGGUUCCACGACUCGGACGCCACACGUUACAUCCUGGUUGUGCCCGACGACGCUUCCGCCGCCGCCGAGUCGCUCGCCACAGCCAUUGCCGACGCCAGCGCCACGCUGAUUGUGGGCGAGACGCUCGGCUCGCUGCCGUCGUCAGCUGUUGUCUCGCUCCCGGAGAACGUGACCUCGCUCGCACUGGCCGAGUUAUUGGCGCUGGCACACGAGCUCGACGCCCUCGUUCUCGACGACGACCAUGCUGCAGCUCUGGCCGAGAAGCGCGCCGUUCUUCUGCGCAUCGUCGAGCUGCGGGUUCAGAGCCUGGCACGCGGACCCAAGCUGUUCACCCUCUCGCAUGCCGAGCUCAAGUCUGUCGUCGACGUCGUCUCGUCGCUCCUCACCUCACACCCGCCGCCGCCCGACGCACCGCGCCCGCACCUUGCCGCCUUUCGCGACGCACUUCUUGCGCGUGCGCUCCGCAAGCUCACCUCGCGGCUCACCGCGUGGCUCGCCGCACACCGUGACGAUCACGCCCCAGCGCUUGCCGCCUUUGUGGCCUCGGGUGAUCUCGCCGCUGCCGCGCCGGUCACGCCGCGGCUGGCCGUGACGAGCGCCAUGCGCUCUGGCUCACCGGCGGCGCUGGCCUCUCUGGCCAUGGCCUCGCGCAAGGCUGCGCUUCGGACGCCGCCGUCGGGUGCAGGCUCGCCGCGCCCAUCGCCGCCGGCGUCGCCGCUGCGCUCGGCCACGGCGUCGUCAGCAUCGCCAAGCUCGGCUGCCGCUGCGCUCGCUGCCGCCAAGGCUGCACGCUCGCCAUUUGAAGCCUUUUGCGCCGCCAUGGCCACCACCGUCGCCACCGCCAAGGACGGGCUGCGCGCGCUCACGCCGCUGAGUCACUUUGGCGAGCUCCGCGACGUUGUCGGGCACGCCGCAUACUUUGCGCAUCCGGACGUGGUUGCCGCCGGUGUCGGGAGUGAUGACGAUGGGGCCGCCGCCGCCAGAGUGGCUUGCCUCGGCUCUCGUGUCCAUGCCGCGCGCAAGGCGCAUGCCCGGGCCAUCGCCAUGCUGGAGCAGCUGCAGAUGGCGUCGUUUGCGCCGUUCGCCACCGCCACCGACUCGCUUGUCCUCGCGGUCAAGACCGCCGCCACCCUCGCCCACCUCGCCGGGCGCAUUGCUGGCGCUCCGCUCGGAUGGGAAGAUGUCCUCGCCGUGUACGUGCCCACCUCGCUCGAGUGCCUGGCCACAAGCCUCGUGGCGCGUACCACAGCCGAGGCCUUUCCGCUCCGCAUCGACAAUGCCUUUCGGUGA